AUGUCCUUCUUCGGCUUUGACCCCAGCCUGCCAAGGGACCGCGGCCACCAGCCCAGCGCGCCAGGCUUCGGACAGCACGAUGCCUUUGCCGGCUUCAGUGGAGGGGCAGCCGACGACGAUGUUAUCGACUUCGAGGAGACGUACCAAGGCCUAGGCGGGCGCCUCGACGAUGCCGACGACGCCUUCAACGACGAUACCUUCGGCGGCGACGGACCGGCCACCCAGCAGAGUGUUGGCAAGGACUUCGACUUCGCAGGCCAGACGUCCAAAAUCUCAAACACGAUGCAGGAAGAGCAGAUGCUCUACCAGGCGCGCCAGGGCUUCUCCAGGCCUGCCCCGCAGCAACAGCGACCGCCCGUCCCACAAGCCUCAAAGCCUACCAGGACCGGCUACGAGAGCUACAAGGACCCCGAGUACAUCCCUCAGCUGGAGGCGCGUGCCGAUAUCUGGGGCCUGAAGCCAAAGCAGCCUGCAGCUCAACGCCAGCAGCAGCCCGAGUACCAGCCAUCACCUGUUCAGUACUCGAGCAGCCCUGCCCAGCCAGCUGGUGGCUCAAGGAAAAUGAUGAGCUUGGACGAGGUCGAGGCCAUGAUGCGUGGUCACGGCAUCAGCAACGAGGCUCGAGCUACGCCCCCAGUCCAACCGCCUCCAGGCAUGGGUUACCCUCAGCAAUACCCGCAGCAGCACCAGCAACAGUUCUACCAGGGCCAGCCACCAUUCCCUGGUAUGCCGCCCGGCUUCCCUGGCCAGCAUGCUCCGCAGAUCUUGCAGCGUCCUCAACAGCACCAGUUCCAACAGCCGCCGCCGCAGCAGUUUCAGCAAAGACAGGGCCCUCCCCAGCAGCAACAGCAGCAGCAGCAGCAGUUCCACGCCGAACUUCCUGGCCAAUCAGCGCAAGCACCAACGCCUCAACAGCCCACCAUCUUGCAGCGACAAAAGCCUGAGCCAGCUGCACAGCAACAGAUGGGCGCUUCACCUGCGACUCAACCGCAAGGCCCACCAACCCAGCCUCGGCAGAUCCUCCAGAACCCCAACCGCCUGUCUGGCCAGGGUCAACCAAUGGCUCAGCCCGGUCAGCCUGCCCAACAGCAAAUGGCUGGAAGUGCCCCUGGACAACACAACAGGGGUGCUUCGUUCCCUAUCAUUACCCAUCCGGAACAGCUGCUCAACCUGUCCGAGGCCGAGCGUGCAGCUUUCCUCGAAGAGGAUGCCAAGCGUGCAAAGCGUAACCACAAGAUUGCGCAGUUGGCCAAAGACAACGGUCUGAUGACGCCUCAAGAUAAAAACUUCAUUACUCGCAUUCAGCUACAGCAGCUCAUGACUGCCACAGGCAAUCUUGAGGAGAGAGACCCGGAAGCCGCGAUUGCUGAAGACUUCUAUUACCAAGUCUUCAGUCAGAUCCGGGGUGCUCCACGCCAAAACCCUCAGCAGCCGGCCAGCCAAUUUGCUCAGACUUAUCUCUUUCAGACCAACAACAGGUUCGGCAACCGGAGACACGGCCGCGGCGGUGACAACCACAUGCAGCGUAUGGAGCAGCAGAUCCAGCGUGCGGUUGAAGCUGCCAAGGCCAGGCCCAAGGCUAAGCAGCUCGUCGUCGAAGGCAGUCUCGGAAAAAUUGCCUUCAGCAACUCCAAGACUCCGCGACCCCUCCUCAACAUCAAGCGUCCAGAGACAGGGGACAAGCCUAAGCCCAAGACCUCGAUCGCCGACCGCAAGGAUGCCCUGCGCAAUAUCGAGGCUGUCUACCUCACACUGAUGCAAAUGGAGGAUCACGAACGAGCUUUGCCACCUCCGAUCAACGAGAGUAGCGACCCGGAGGCCAUCCAAGCGCACAUGGAAUGGCGCUCGAAGAUUGAGUUGUUGCACAAGAAGCUCUGGCUAGCCACUAAGAUUAUGGAACCCAUCAACCCGCACGCUCAAGCGGCGCAUCCCUUUAUUCAAAUCUUGUCGCACGCCAAGGGGAAGAAGGUCAUUCCUCGUCUUUUCCGCCAUAUCGACGAGCAAGAGCGCAUAACAGUCGUUACUAUGAUCGUCGUUCAUCUUGACGGUCUUGCCGUCGUUGGGCAUGCCGUUGCCACACCAGAUGAGCCCUUGAGUGCUGCUAUCCGCGAAGAGGUCGAACUAUUCUCGCAGACCGUGAUGCCCCCACUCUUCGCGCACAUCUCUGAGUCGCCACUCAAUAUUAUUAUCGGUCUUCUUGGACUGAUCCUGGAUCGUACCAAUCUCCAUGUCGUCGCACGCACUAAGAUCGGCCUGUCUCUCCUGACGAUUUUGAUCUCUCGUGCGGAGCUUCUCAAGCAGUCGGCUCCUGAGAUUGAUGCAGGAGACUGGGACCAGUGGACCGUGCUCUACAACCGUCUCUUCGACACGAUUGAACCCGUGCUGCCUUACUUGUUCCCCGGCACCAUCAACGACACCGACGACAUGUAUAUCUGGCAGUUCUUGGCUGCCAUGGGUGUCGGUGCUAGCCCUGAGCAACAGCAGAGGUUGGUUAUUGGUGUCAAAGACCGUGUCAUGGAGACGGUCUCUGUCAGCAAGGCUUUGCCUGUGGAGAUGGCCGGAGCUCGCUUAGCCAACGUGAAUCUGUUCAUGAGGGCUAUUGGUCUUGACGUCGAACUGCUUGGAUGA